CCGAAUGUAACCUUUUUUUCCCCCCUUCCUUAUUCCCCGUUUAUAUGGCACAGCGACUUCCGCUCUUGCCGUUAAAGCGGAGUGGAGAUCAUGGCGGAGCGCGUGCAGCAGCCCCCAGCUAAGCGGUUCUGCUGCCGACCCGGUUAUAGCACAGCGUGUCGACAGGGGCUGCGGGCCGGCGGAGCAGUAUGCGGCACUUCGGCUUCGGCUCAAGGGGGAUCGGGCAAGACCCCGGAGUCGCUCUUGGACAUUGCAGCGCGCAAAGUGGCCGAAAAAUGGCCCUUUCAGAGGGUGGAGGAGCGCUUCGAGCGGAUCCCAGAGCCCGUUCAGAGGCGGAUCGUGUACUGGUCUUUCCCGAGGAGCGAACGGGAAAUCUGCAUGUAUUCCUCGUUCAACACCGGCGGUGAGGAGAGCGCGGCGGCCGGGGAGGGAAGCGAUGAGACCCGGCUGCCUUUCCGUCGUGGCGUCGCGCUGCUCGAGAGCGGCUGCGUAGACAACGUACUCCAAGUCGGUUUUCAUCUCAGCGGCACAGUGACGGAACCGGCCACGCCGUCCGAACCCGAGAUGGUGUGCAGCGUGGCCAUCAGCUUUGACCGCUGCAAGAUCACGUCAGUGACGUGCAGCUGCGGCAACAAGGACAUUUUUUACUGCGCGCACGUGGUAGCAUUGUCACUGUACCGCGUGCGGCGGCCCGAGCAGGUCAAGCUGCACUUGCCAAUCUCCGAGACGCUCUUCCAGAUGAACCGCGAUCAGCUACAGAAGUUUGUCCAGUACCUCAUCACCGUGCACCACACAGAAGUGCUGCCCACCGCCCAGAAACUCGCCGACGAGAUCCUCUCCCAGAACUCCGAGAUCAACCAAGUACACGGAGCCCCGGACCCCACGGCAGGAGCCAGCGUGGACGAUGAGAACUGUUGGCAUCUCGACGAGGAGCAGGUUCGGGAACAGGUCAAACUCUUCCUGUCCCAGGGGGGCUACCACGGCUCGGGCAAGCAGCUCAACCUCCUCUUCUCCAAGGUGAGGGAAAUGCUGAAAAUGCGUGACUCAAACGGGGCUCGCAUGCUGACGCUGAUCACAGAGCAGUUUAUGGCCGACCCGCGGCUGGCGUUGUGGAGGCAGCAGGGCACCACCAUGACGGACAAAUACCGCCAGCUCUGGGACGAACUCGGUGCAUUGUGGAUGUGCAUUGUGCUGAAUCCUCACUGUAAGUCCGAGCAGAAGGCCUCGUGGCUCCGGCAGCUCAAGAAGUGGAACGGUGUGGACGUUUGCCCCUGGGAGGAUGGUAACCAUGGCAACGAGCUGCCCAAUCUGACCAACGCUCUGCCUCAAGGUGCCCACGCCAACCAAGAUUCGAGCGCUCGGCCUCACCGGACAGUGUUCACGCGGGCCAUCGAGGCCUGCGACCUCCACUGGCAGGACAGCCACCUGCAGCACAUCAUCAGUGAUGACCUCUACACCAACUACUGCUACCACGACAGCACUGAGAACUCCCUGUUCGACUCGCGCGGCUGGCCCCUGUGGCACGAACACGUGCCCACAGCCUGCGCCCGGGUAGACGCGCUGAGAUCGCACGGUUACCCGCGAGAGGCUCUGCGGCUGGCCAUCGCCAUCGUCAACACCCUGCGCAGACAGCAACAGAAGCAGCUGGAGUUUUUUAGGAAGCACAAAAACGAAACGCUCUAUAAAGGGAUGACCACCAUCACGAAUCUGGAGGGCUGGGUGGGCCACCCGUUGGACCCCAUUGGCACGCUGUUCAGCACGUUGAUGGAGUCGGCCCGCGGCGUUGAGGAGAGCUCAGCGGACUUCUCAGCAGGCACGACGAGCUCCAGUAAGCAUGGUGAUGUGCAUAUGUUCCCCACGGCACGCCGCUUCCUGGAGGAGGGAGAGUCCUACCUGGCGCUGGCCGUGGAGACGGCUCUCAUGGGUCUCGGGCAGCAAAGGAUCAUGCCCGAAGGCCUGUACGCCCAGGAGAAAGUGUGCCGCAACGAGGAGCACCUCAUCGCCAAGCUGCAGGAGGUGGAGCUGGACGACACGCUGGUCAAGAUCUUCCGCAAGCAAGCCGUCCUCCUGCUAGAGAGUGGGCCCUACAGUGGUUUGGGAGAAAUCAUCUGCAGAGAGAGUGUUCCAAUGCACACAUUUGCCAAGUAUCUGUUCACCUCCCUCCUACCUCACGAUGCCGAAUUGGCAUACAAAAUUGCACUGAGAGCAAUGCGGUUACCAGUGAUGGAAGCCGUCGCUCCUUCCGGAGACAUGUCCCGGCCUCACAACAUAGUGUCCGUCGUGCCCAACCGCUACGCGCGAUGGUUCACCAUCAGCCACAUCGAGUCCCAACAGUGUGAGCUGGCCUCUACCAUGCUCACUGCAGCCAAAGGUGACGCUCGAAGGUUGGAAACAGUAUUAGAAUCCAUCCAGAAGAACAUCCACUCAUCCUCGCACAUCUUUAAACUGGCACAGGAUGCCUUUAAAAUAGCCACGCUCAUGGACAGCCUGCCUGACAUCACUCUGCUGAAAGUGUCCCUGGAGCUGGGCCUUCAGGUCAUGCGAAUGACUCUUUCAACUUUGAACUGGCGAAGGCGAGAGAUGGUACGAUGGUUAGUCACUUGUGCCACAGAAGUUGGCGUGUACGCACUGGACAGUAUCAUGCAGAGCUGGUUUGCGUUGUUUACUCCGACAGAGGCGACAAGCAUCGUGGCAACAGCGGUGCUGUCGAGCAGCACAGCAGCGCGUCUGCGUCUGGACGCCCGGCAGCAGGAGAAGCUGGCGAGCAGUGCGCGAACGUUGGCACUACAGUGCGCAGUCAAGGACCCGGCAAGCUGUGCGUUGUCUGCACUGACUCUGUGCGAGAAGGAGCCAGCAGCAUUCGAGACGGCCUACCAGAUCGCUCUGGAUGCAGCUCCAGCGGCCAUGACACACGCACAGCUCUUCACCAUCGCACGCUACAUGGAGCACCGGGGUUAUCCAGCACGUGCCUACAAGCUGGCAACGCUGGCCAUGACGCAUCUGAGCCUGGCCUAUAACCAGGACACGCAUCCGGCCAUUAACGACGUGCUGUGGGCGUGCGCCUUGAGCCACUCUCUGGGUAAAAGCGAACUGGCCGCCAUCAUCCCACUAGUUGUGAAGAGCGUCAAGUGCGCUACAGUGCUUUCAGACAUUUUGCGGCGCUGCACACUAGCCACAGUGCCAACUCCGCCCCUGCACGGGCGCCGAAAUGCCACACCCAAGUUGAUGUCGCUGGACAAGGCGCCUUUGCGCCAGUUACUGGACGCCACAAUCGGAGCCUAUAUCAACACAACGCACUCACGACUCACGCACAUCAGCCCACGCCACUACGGCGAGUUUAUCGAGUUCCUGGGGAAGGCGCGCGACACUUUCCUCAUGGCGCACGACGGCCAUGUGCAGUUUGCACAGUUCAUCGACAACCUGAAACAGAUCUACAAGGGCAAGAAGAAACUCAUGAUGCUUGUGCGCGAGAGGUUCGGUUGAUACCAGAAAGUCUCCCUUUCCCUUUUUUGACUCAAGUCUCCCUCUUUCUAAACGAAAGCAUCAAGAAGGAAAAAGCGGAACACAAACAAAUAGAAAGAACAUUAAAAGCCACACCGGUAUUAUAUGUAUAGACUUUCUUUAGUUUGCGAAAAAAAAAAAGGAAAAAUCGUCACAUUGUGAAAGUUUUGUGUGUUUCCCUUUAUUUGUAUGGAAGUACGUGAGAGCGAACAGUAGAGAGAGAGGAAAGAAAAGAAACGUUUUGGUUUACACUGAGUAUAUGUUGUUCAGUGGCGAAAGCCCACAUAGCACUCCAGAUAUCUGUCAACAUUCACAGCCUCAAAGAGAAAGAAAUAUGGCUUUAAACCAAACAAAGCACCUCCAUCCUAAGUGAAAAGUACCUCGUAUGGCUCCAGCUUUACCCCCUUCCCUUCCUAAUCCAUUUAAACGUUAUCAGUGUACUAAAGUGUUCAAUACGAAGAAAAACAACUUAAAAAACCAGUUUGGGACAUUUACUUUUUCAUUUCUUUCUCUUUGUUUUUUUUUUUUGUUUGUUUUUUUUUGUACCAGGCUCAUUGUGUGGCUUUGCAGUGCUGUUCCUCCAUAAGCAUGUCACAUAUACACAGAUGCUCACAGAACCUCCUGAAAACCCUGCUGUGCUUGCGCUUGUGGAAACUUAGCGACUGUCGACAUACAUUCUCAGGGAUUUCUCAAGAAAAAAAAAGGAAAAAAAAAAAAAAAAAAGAGAAAAA